GGAUUACCGACCCCUAAAUCUUCCUACUUCUUGUUACGCCUAUGGUGUGCAUUAUCAUUGUUGAUCAGGAAAAAGAUAAUAUUUCUUUCUAUCUUAAUCUAUUCCUACUGAAUGAGGAAAAUCUCAAUAUUUGUUCAAUCACAAUUGAGAACACGAGUGCCCCAAUGUCUAAUUCAGAAAAAAGAACUUUGAUUAGAGACGAUGGUUGAUAAUGGAACCAGAGUUUUUCCAAGUAGCACACUCGGAAUCGACUAUCCACCAGAAGAUCCAGAAACAGACUAUGACCCGUACAGUAAAAAAAAACCUAAACAACCAGCCAUUUCGAAUGUCCAAGCGUUUUUCUUUCUUAUUCAUGGGGUUGUUGGAACGGGAAUACUACAAGCCGGUUUUGUUUUCCGUGAAGGUUGGAUUAUCGGAAUUAUUAUGACAGUGUCGAUUGGAAUUAUAUGCGCUCACUGCCAAUAUAUUCUGUUCAAGGCAAAAUAUAGAGUAUGCAAAACCAUGAAGGUCCCUUAUAUGAAGUACGCACUCUCAGUAGAAAGAGCAUUCGAGUUUGGACCAAUAUAUUUAAGAAGAUAUUCGAGACUAUCGUAUUAUCUGGUUGACGGUUGUUUCAUAUUGACCCAACUGGGAUUAUGUUGCCUUUUCGGUGCAACGGCUCUCCGCAUUGCACCAGUGGCAGAUGGUUUAUUCAGAAAUUGGCUAGACUUCGAAGUCAAUAUGUCGAUUCUCUUUCAUACGUCCAUUUUCAUACCACUGCUGUUGUCAGCCAUUAUGAUAAAUUUGAGAAUAGUAGCUCAAUUUGCUGUCUUGGGUGUAAUUCUAUUGAUAGCUUCUAUCUUCAUAUUCUUCGGAUAUGUUGCACAAGAUUUCGAACCAACUGGAAGUUUUGAAAUGCUGGACGUCGAAUUGAUCACGCUGCCAAUUUAUAUAGCUACUUUGGUGUUUUCAUUUGAAUCAGUAACAGUAUUAAUAUAUUUGGAUCAUCACCUUAAAUCACCAAGGACGUUCUUGAAACCUUAUGGUAUCAUGACCAAGGGAAUGUUGUUGAUCAUUUUUAUGCAAUGCAUUCUAGGGAUUUCCCUUUAUUGGAAAUUUGAUUUUGACAGUCUUAUGAUCUCAAAUAUUCCAAUAUAUUUCAGGACGAAUGAAAUUUUGGCAGUUUCUACUGGGCUCUACUCCAUAUAUUCAUUCAUUAGCUAUGGACUUCAUGAAUACAUUUUUGUGGAGGUUAUGUGGAGAAAAACAAAAAAAAGAAGUACUUGCACAAGGAUUUUCGUGUGUGCAUUACCUGUUAUGGUUUCAGGUACCUAUAUGCUGUCUAAAGCUUACACGGAGUUAAUAUUUCCUGAGUGUUUCGUAACGGCCAUCCUUGGAACAGUAGUGCCAAUCUUGGGAAUCAUUAUUCCCGUUCUCAUGGACAUUUCUUUGAAUUGGCCACAUAAUUUCAAACGAGCGAAGCUCAUUUAUAUCAAGAAUAUAUUUUUGUUACUAUUUGGACUUCUAUCUAUAUUUUGUAAUUUUAUAUUUUGUUUAUUGCCCCGAAUAAUUUAGAUUGGAGGUAAACACAGACAACGAAAAUAUUGGAAUAAUGAUAAUAUUAUUUUUGUCAAACAUAAAUAAUUUUAU